AUGAAGUUCUCCCUCCAGACCAUCGUGAUGGCCUUCGCCGCCGCCCACAGCGUUGCUGCCGCCGCUGUCGAGGACCCCGCCAUGGCCGCCGUCCGCCGUGACACCCUCCUCAUGGAGCGCCAGGGCGCCAACGACAACCGCCCCGUCCCGAACGGCGCCUGCUGCGUCGCCAACACGAGCUUGAAGCAGGACGUCUGCAACGUCAACGGCCAGACCGGCCGCUGCGUGCCUGACAGCAUCAACAACUGCGGCGCACAAUUGACCUGCAUCGAGGACAGCCGCUUGACGUGCGACCCGAACACCCUCGAGCGUGGCCGACCCCUUUGCCGCCGCACCCCUGGCGCCUAG